AGAAUAGACAGUCAGUUAUCCAUAUCCUUUCAAUCAUGUCUCUCAUCCGUCACGCUCUGCUCGUCUCUAUUAUAUUAACUGUAAUUCCAGCACAAUUCAAUAUUCCAUUACCGUUUGGUGGUAUUUCAUUGAAUAAAAAUAAAAAUGGAGAGCUGGAAAUUGGCGGAAAUCAAAACUUCAAUUUGUUUGGUUGGGGAGCAAAUCGAGACUUCAAACUGACGACUGGAAACGGAACGUUCAAAUUAGAUAAAACUGAUGAAGCAAUUCUAAAUGGGUCAACUUACGGAGGCAGCGGCUCAAUUGGUGUUGAUGAAAAAACUGGAAUCGAUAUUGGGCAGAAUCUGACACUUGACGACAAAAAAUUGGUGGGAGGUCUUGGGAAAGAAAUGAACUUUUUGGAAAGUCUUGCCGCACUUUUCAAGCCGGCUGCACAACCAUCCAAAGAGAGGACGGAACUAAAAAAUAUCUGAAAAUAAUUGGAACAUUUGUGUCCUAUGGUCAAGGUCGGCUUCACAAGUAAUGUAACUGUUGUUGAUUUCUAUUCAAUGGGCGGAGUUACUCUUCUUAUCUAUUACAUUUACCACUUUACAAAUGUUUCUUCCUGUAUUACUUUGUUUCUCAUGAUCAUCUCAUUUCUUUGUUUAUGGAUUUCAAUCACUCAUUUCUCAUUUUAUUAAAAGUUCUUUUGAUAAGUUAUUCGAAACAAUUGAGGGUUUUAUGGUUUCUACUUGCUUUUAUCAAUAAUAAAUGAAAACUAUAAAAAUUAUAA